AACCUAGUGACCGCCACACACCAGUAAUUCUGAAUUGUCAAUCUAGGCAUGGAUAGCUACAAGCUGCAUCAGAGGCUUGGAAAGGGAGCGCAGGGAUCUGUGUUUUUGGCAGAAAACAAGCACGAUAAGGUCCUCUAUGUUUUGAAGAAGGUUGAAUGCAAUGAUGAAGGAGAGGCAAAUAAAGCAUUCCAUGAGGCUGUGGCCUUACAAGAACUUCAACAUCCACACAAACACCCAUAUAUCUGUGGAUACAAAGAGUUUUUUGUAACAUGGGAUAAGGAGGAGGCAGCUAUGUUUGUAUGUAUUGUGAUGGAUUUUUACAAGAUGGGUGACUUAGAUAGGGCCCUGAAGCAAAAACGAGCAAAAGGAGUUUCUAUACCAGAACUUGUAAUAAAAAAGUGGUUUGGUCAAAUGGUUGAUGCGCUGACCUGGGUUCAUGCCAAGAGUAUGAUUCACAGGGAUCUUAAGCCAAGUAAUAUUUUUCUUGCUGAGGAUGGAAGCAUUUCAGUUGGUGAUUUUGGUGUUUCAACCAUUAUGGAUGAUGCAAGGACUCGCACACGAACAACAGUAGGAACAAUGAACUGGAUGGCACCAGAGGUACUAGAGCGGCCAUAUGAUGAACGGAGUGAUGUCUGGUCACUUGGAUGCAUAGUUCUUGAAUUAGCCACUUGUGGCUUCCUGGAUCAAUCACAGAUAUCUUCAAAACUCUUUCAAAUCAAACAAUCUCCUCAAGAACUUGAAGAUGUUCUUAAAGAAGUUGAGAAGGCAUACAAAACAAAAGAUGCUAAAGAUCUCUGCCAGACUAUUCGAAUUAUGCUUAGAAGAAAUUUCCAACAAAGACCUACCAUGAAGGAACUGGCUGAGCUGCCGUAUGUUAAAGGUUGUAUUGCACUGAGUAGUAAACAGCCAAAAGGAACAGGGGCUGCAACCAAAGGAGCAAGAAAAGAUGCUGCAAAACCAGUACCCAAAGAUAAGGGUGUGGCAGGUGUUCUUGAUUACAUGAAGAAAAACAAGGAUAGUGUAGCUUGUCAGGUCCAAGCUUUGAAACACCUUGAACAAAUUACAAGGAAGCAAGAUGUUUCAUUAAACAAAAAAGCAAAGCAGCAAAUUGCAGAAACCAUGACAAAUGAAAACAAAAAACAGGAUCCAUCCAAAGAUGUUCACCUUCAAGCCUUGAAGAUAUUUAUUAAUCUUUUUCCACAUGCUGAUGAUAAUGAUGUCAUGUUCACAGAGGAGAUAAUUCGCCCUGUUCUUUCAGCAAUGAAGUCCCACAUAACUUCCUCUGAGCUCCAGUCUUGUGGAUGUCAGUUACUUAUGGCUCUGUCAGCUGAGGAGGCAGCAGGUGAAAUAAUCGGCCAAUAUGGAGGAGUGCAGGAUUUGUUAUCAGCACUGCGAGCAUUCCCUGACAACAAAAGCAUUGCAUCAAACUGCUGUGGUGCUCUGUGGAGUCUGGCUGUUAGCGAGAACAAUUGCAAGAUAGUGUCUGAGGAACGGGGUCUUGAGGAUAUUGUCCUUGCCAUGGGAAGACAUAACACAGAUGUUGAUUUGGUGGAGGCUGCCUGUUCUGCUCUUUGGUCUCUUUCAUUGGAAGAGGACAAUGUAGAUCUCAUGGAGGACCUUAAUGUUAUUGAUCUGAUUGUGGAUGCCAUCAAAAUGCACAAAAAGGAGCCUAAAGUCAUUAAAAAUGCUUGUAUGGCAUUAGCAAGUAUUGUGGAGGCUCGAGAGGUCUGUGCUCAUGAGCUGUUGAAAAUUGAAGGACUAGAGAGUAUCAUUGCUGCGUACAAUAACCUCAAAACCAAUGAUGAAGUAGUGGAGAAUAUCUGUGUCCUUUUCACUGAGCUGGAAGAAUAUGACGACAUCAGAGAAGAAAUGAAACUGAAUGCCAAUAUUACUAAAUUGUUGUCUGAAGCUAAAUCCAAUUUCUCAGAUGAUGAGCAUGAGGACUUAUUGAGGGCUGCAGCAGAUGCUUUAGUCAAGUUAGGAGGAGGUCAGCGGAAUGGUCAACGAACCAGUUCAGCAAGGUCCAGACCCAGAAGUGCUGCAAGGAAAUGCUGAUAGUGGAUACUCUGUCAUGCAAUGCUUCUUUUUUACUUCGUCAUGGGCCAGUAGAAAGAAGCUGGAGUCGAGGUUGAAGUUUUGAGGGCUUUAAAGGACUCUGAUGAAUAUAAUAUUGUCAUCCUUGUUUUGAUUUUCCCUCAUGAGGAUAACCUUGCCCAUUGGUUGUUGUUGUUUUCUUUUAUUGUCUACUUGUAAUGUACACACAUCAUGCUCCAAAUUAAUGGCAUUGAUAGCAUACCCCAAUAUUAAGAAAUGCUCAAUAUGAUGAGUUGUAACCGUUGCACCUUUCAAUUUAUCAAAUACAUGUAAAUAUCAAGAGCUUUACCCAUCAGCAUCUCACUCCUGGUGAAAGUUCUCUUUAAGCAUAAGUGAAGGUGUACUUCAUCAGGAAUCAAACUGUACACUUGUGAAUAGUUUAACAGUCGCACUAAGAUCCAAUUUAAACAGUGUUGUUUUUUUUUUAUACCUUAUGGUUCUAAAUACAAGAGGAUUAAACAGUAUAAUUUUACAUAUAUUUGUUGUUUAAUAGUAAAAAGCAUAUUAAACCUUGAAA